CUCCUUUUCUUUAGUUUCUUACAUUUUCAAUCGUUUAUAACUCAAGAUGGCGGUCAUCUCAACACUCAUCUCCUCUUUACCUCCUCUUUCAACAUGUAUCACCUAUGUUCUUUUGGCCACUACACUCUAUAUCAUCCUCAAUAUAGCGAAUCAACUGUUUGGUCCCAAGAACUCAAAGGCGCCACCUGUCGUUUUUUCAUGGAUACCAUUUAUGGGAAAUGCCAUUGAAUUUGGAAUAAAUCCUAUUCAAUUCUUACAAAAAUGUCAAAAGAAAUAUGGAGACGUGUUUACUUUCCAUAUGGUGGGCAAGAAGGUGACUGUAUUAUUGGGUGCGGAUGGCAACCAAUUUGUUUUCAAUUCCAAGCAGAAUCUAUCCUCGGCUGCCGAAGCUUACAAUGAUAUGACGAAAUAUGUUUUCGGGCCCGAAGUUGUGUAUGAUGCACCUCACAAUUUGUUUUUAGAACAGAAGAGAUUCAUCAAGGCAGGUUUGAAUUCAGAGUCCUUCCGCAAACAUGUGCCCAUGAUUGUAGAAGAGGUGGAAAACUUUUUUCAAGAUUUCAAAAAGCCUAGUGGUACUUUCGACGCCUAUCAUACGUUUGGAUCCUUGAUCAUUUGCACAGCUUCACGUUGUUUGAUGGGGAAAGAAAUCCGUGCUAAUCUCGAUGGCAGUGUCGCCAAAUUGUAUUACGACCUGGAUCAAGGAUUUCAACCGAUCAACUUUGUCUUUCCCAACUUGCCUUUACCUUCUUAUCGUCAUCGAGACGAGGCUUGUCGAAAAAUGGCCGAACUUUAUUCAAGCAUCAUCCAACGUAGAAAGGAGAACAAUGAUAGAAACAACGCAGAUUUACUUCAAGCUUUAAUGGACGCCACUUACAAAGAUGGAACGCCUGUCCCUGAUCAUCAUAUCGCUGGCAUGAUGAUUGCGGUUCUCUUUGGUGGUCAGCAUACAUCGGCCACGACGGCUUCAUGGACAUUGCUCGAACUCUCUGCACGUCCCGAUCUCAUUCGCGCUCUGCGAGACGAACAGAUUGAAAAAUUGGGUUCUUUACAAGCCGAGCUGACGUACGAUAAUUUGAAAGAAUUGACGUUAUUAGAGUGCUGUGUCAAAGAAACGUUACGUCUCCACGCGCCCAUUUAUCAAAUGAUGCGUAAAGUCAUUGCGCCUAACGGUGUCGUCUUUGAAAAGACAGGACAUGAAAUUCCCAAAGGACAUUUCCUGUGUGCCGCUCCUGGCGUGACGCAAGUAGACGAGCUUUAUUUCAAGGACCCUCUCACCUACCAUCCCAUGCGUUGGAUUGAUCUCGACGAUCCUGUGCACGGCAUGGAGGCAGGGGAUGAUGCGAAUAUGGAUUACGGGUUUGGUGCUGUCGGUAUCUCGUCUAAAAAUCCAUUCUUACCUUUUGGUGCUGGCCGUCAUCGUUGUAUUGGUGAACAAUUUGGUUACUUGCAAAUCAAAACCAUUGUGGCUACCCUGUUGAGAAUGUUUGAUUUUGAGUUGGAAAACGGAAAAGUGCCCAAGUCAGAUUACACCUCCAUGGUAGUGGUACCUGAACGACCCGCUCACCUCAAGUAUACCUGGAGAAAGUAAAAAAAGAAAAAAGCGAAUGAACCCACCUGUCUGACAGAAAAAAAAAUAAAAAAAUCCACUGAACGGAGGAGUCAACAUGAUACACCAACAACACUACAUUAUUAUUAUUAUUAUUUAUUCCCUCGACUGAUUCCUCAAAAACCAUUUUUUUUUUUUUUUUUUUGAUUUUUU